AUGAAGGUUCUACUAUUUGCCAUUGGAGUUCUGUGCAGGAGAAUAAAGCUAGAGCCCAAGGAGCAGUUUGUAUUCAGAGAUAAGGUCACGGCAAACCAGAUGUACAAGUUUAUGUAUCAGGCUCCACGAUCUGGAAAAAUCGAGAUGACGGUGUUUGAUACAAAAGGAAGACAGAUGAUCAAGACUCGAGACCCGUACUCGGUGCUGUACUCCAAAAUGAAUGAGGAUGGAGAGAUUGUGAUAUCUGUUAAGAACAACAGUUCAAAAGGCAUUAACUUUGGCUACAGAUGCCCAGACACCAGCAAGAAAGCUCAAGGAGACCUUGGGCCAAUAAGCGUUGAUUUGGUUUCGGAGCUCCAAGAAGUCCUAGAGACAAUCAUUCAGGCCCAGAGAGUUCACAUCAAGAAACAUGAAGAACAUGCAAGGAUGGUUGCAGGAUCAAGGAAGUGGGUUACAAGGCUCUUGAUCUUUGAAACCCUCUUCUUCACAGGUGUACUGUACUUCUUGCACAAGGAUAUGCUGAAGAUGUUUGAAACCAAAAGAGAAGUUUAA